ACUUGAAAUAUUUCAACAUUUUUUUGUCCUUAAUGUUGGGAUAUUGCAAAAAAAUAAAAAUAUCAGAGACAGAAAGUCCAUCAACCAAGAUGGCUGAAGGAGAUGUUCGUUCGAAUGAGGAAAAACUUAUUCGCUUCCUCAAAACAGGAACAGAGCGAAACUUCUUCCUGCCAGGAAAAAACAAGUCUUUUCGUUACCUCGGCAAUGUAGUGUGUACCAUGAUGAAUGAUGGUGAAGGUCAGCGUGUAGUUGAGUGUAUUAAGCGUGUGCACGCAGACAAACUUUAUCACAAACGUGAGCCUCUACUCUUUAUUCUAGCUCAAUCUUGCCAUGCAGGUGCUAAUGAUGCUGUGAAAAAAGCAGCUUAUGACCUUGUGAACGAAGUUUGUGCAAAUCCCGUUGAUCUUUUCACGUGGCUGAAGCAUAUUAAGAUUUGUUCACAGUUUACGAAAGGUUGGGGAUCAGGGUUAAGACGGACUGUCAAUAACUGGUAUAACUCUAGAGAUCCAAAACAAAUUGCAGAGUUUGUAACGCGAUACACACACGUUGAGCGUUGGAGUCACAAAGACGUCUUUCGACUAUCACAUAUCAAACCAAAAAAUGAUGGCCUAGCAUUUAUUGUCAAGGUUGUAUGCAAGGGACUCAAAACGGCGAAGGAAGCCACCCCAGACCCAGCACCCCCUGUAGCAAAACUCGUCGCAUAUUUCGAUGCUGUGGAGUAUGUGAAGCACUCAACAGACGGGUUUGCUGCGGCUAUGAAACUGGAAGAGUAUGAACUGCACAAAGAGUAUGUGCCGAUGGCUCUCUUGUCAUCAAAAGAGAUCUGGAAUAGCCUGCUACUUAACAUGACAGUGAAGGAUGUGAUGACCAGUCUUCCAGCCCUAGGACGCCGGGCGUACCUCACAAUGCCAGCCCGUGGAACUGAUGGUGAUCCCGUUGUUCGAGAAAUACGACAUAAGGUGCUCACUCAUCUUCAAGAUAUGGAAUCUUUGGAAUCUGAACAGAUCAGUCCUUUCUUUAUCUAUAUCGCCAUUCGUAACUAUGUGCGAGUGUUCUCAGAUGUGAAGAAACACGGAGGAAAGGGGGGAAAGGCUCUGAAGAGGGAACAUGCUGCUACCAACGAGGAUCAACAACCACAGAGCAAGAAGAAGAAGAAAAAGAAGGGGAAAAAGCAGGAUAAGGGCCAAGGGGAAGGGGUCAAUAAAGAAGAGACGGACGAAAACAAGGCCACCGAGAAGGCCAAAAGAAACAACCCAGAUAUCUAUGAGGCCCUGCAUAAGGCAUUUAGAGCCGCUGUAGAGAAAAACACUCCAACAACUGGAAAAAGCUAUCUCCUUGCCCUGAAAGCUUCCUCGAGUGAGUUCCAGAAAGGCAUUCGAGGAACGCCAUCUAUUUCUGCCAUCGAGGUGAUGGCCCUAAUGGCUACUAUACUCAAGAAGAAGGAAUCAAGUGUGGAUCUUGGCUUCUUCACAGCUUCGCUCACGCAGAUGAAGUAUCCUGCUGAGAUGGAGAAUAUUAUACAGGAUAUUGGGCUAAUGGCCGUGCCAGACCUGACGCUAGCCUGUGACCCAGCAUCCCCAGUAACCUGGGCCCUGGAGAAGAAACGCAAGUAUGAUGUCAUCCUUGUGAUGUCUGAUGGCCAUGAAACGGAGGGAGAAACAUCACCAGGAAGCUCUCUAGUCGAGUAUAGACAAAAAAUGAAACUGCCUAACACGAAAAUGGUGAUAUGUGGACUCGCCUCCCCAAAACUGGAGUUUGCCACUGAACCGGGCAUGCUUGAUAUUGGUGGAUUUGAUGCAACAGUGCCCAAAAUCAUCAGCGAAUUUGUUACCGAAAAAUUGGACACUUUGUGAAGAUUAUAAGCUGUCUAAGUGAUUAUUUUUCAAAAGUGGGAAUUUGUUUCAAAGUCUGGUGAAAGUUGUUAAUUGCAGAAUGUGUCAAUAAAGUUCAGAUAAAAUGUACUUUUUAUAAGAAAUGUUGGUUUAAAAGAUGAUUGUUUGGCCUAAAUGUUAGAUAACAUCAGUUUGGAAGUCAAAGGGAGUAAUUUGUUUUUUGAGAUACAUGAUAAAAUAGAAAAUAGAUAAAAUAAUGAAGAUGUUAACAUCUUGAAAGUUGAAAUAUGGAUAAAAUUACCAAAUUAUUGAGUCAGAAUUAAUUGACUCUGAAAUUAUGUAAACAAAAGAUUUGUGGCUGGUGUAUUCUGUGAACGAACAUAGAAUCUUCAAUAAACUAGCCCGAGUUCUUGUUCUGAAUGGCUCAAACGUUUUCUGAUUUUUACAAAAUUGCUGCUAUGUAAAAUUAAAUUUUGAACAAGCCCAGCAAACGUUUUACCAAUGCUGGGCUUGUGUUUGUGCUAGUUUUGUGCACUGUAUAUGAAAUGUUUGAAAUGUAAACACAGAAGCAAUCAGGUGAUAUUGUGCAAUGUUCAUUUUUAGAUUACAAUGUAUUAUAGUGUAACCUUUUUAGUGUAGAACUCUGUUGUUAUUUGUUGUUAGAGGGUUGAUUGUUGAUUGUUGUUGGAAAUGAAUGCUUUUAAAUUGUUAGCUUUGUAAAUGUUAGCAGUUAUUUCACUGUAAGAUAAAUAUGAAUUAAAAAUAAUGGAUUUUUGUAUGCGAUGUAUUCUGACAGUUCUGAAUUUGAUUUUUUUAUGCUUUUUAUUCUGUCAGACAAUUCCCGAGUUAAAAAUGAAUUUAAAAAAAAAAGAUUUGUGUAUGCUUUUUUUUCUUUAAUACAGUUCUUGAGUUAAAACUGAAUUGUAAAAAAAGAGAGAUUUUUUAUCCUUUUUAUUUGUUUCUUCAUGUUCAUUUGAGAACAAAUUGAGUUAGAAAUAAGUGCAGAAUUCAUGGACAUAUAUAUGCUUGAAGAUUACUUCUACCAGUAAUUUUGAUGACUUUCAUAGUUGGCUGUGACCAGGGAGAGGAAUCACGUGAACUGGGGCCGUAUUCAUAAACUUAAGUCAUUUCCUAACUUAAAUUGAUUUCUUCAAACUUUCAUUGUCAAAUUAAAAGAAAUGUUUAAGUGUUCAUUAGAAUGUUUUUUUUUCAAUAAGGUCAGUAAUAAUACCGGUAAUGUAUUCUGGGAAUUCUGAAAGUUUUUAUUUCAUUUGAAUAAAGAGAUUCUAAAAUUAGGAAAGUGUUUUAAGUUAAGAAAUGAAUUAAGAAGUUUUAUAAAUCCUCCCCCUCAAGGGGUAUUUUAAUGAUGCAAUCUUUGGCCAAAAUUUUAGCAUUGAAUCUUCAUGUUGAAAGUUUGGCCAAGUAUUGCAUCAUUAAAAUACAAGCAAAUCUGAAGUAUUUCACACGUAUAGAAGCAGAAAAUAGCAUAGUCUUUUAUAGGCUAAGAAAUAUUACAUAUAUCUUUUCUGUCAAAAACAUUAAUUAGAAAUUAUCACCACUUGUUUGUUCACAUCAGUUGUGACCCCUGGUAACCACUGUGAGGACUCCCUAUAAGUCACGUGACUACUCACCCUGGUGACUACAGGCGUUGGCGUUGAUAUCGCAACAUGUUCGGAAGGUCAAGGAUACUUAUGGCUAAUGGUUGUUCUCAUUAAACCUUUUAUGUAAAACAUGUUUGACUUGCUGCUCAAAAUUGACUGAACAUUUCGAAAAUUAACGAAUAGACCCAUAUCUUCCUUUUAUGAUUAACAUGUUUCUGAUAUAGUGUUUGAAAAAUUCAGGGGGUCGUUUCAUCAAGAUUCCAAAAUGUUAUGUACGUUAAGUUUUAUAGGAGUAUGAACAUCUAGACACUAAUGCAAUUGUAAUACAUGAUUUUCUUAUUUACAAGUGUUUGUUAAAGAUUAUAUACUAUGAUAGCUUUUUUUAAUGUUUUAAGUGAAGAUGUGUGUGUGUGCAUGCAUGUUUUGUUUGGGUUUUAUUUUAAACAUUUGCUGUUGUAUUUUUUGACGAAGGCCAUAUUGUAAAUAAGUUAUGUUGCAUAGCUUAAUGUGUAACCUUCAAUAAAUAAAGUUAUUUAUAUCAGUCCAAGUAGGAGCAAUUUUGUAGGAAAAAUUAAAAGUUCCUAGGAUUCCUGAUGAAUUCUCGCUUCGUUCUUUACAUUCAAUUCCAAAUCUUCCAAUUUGUUUUUGUUCAUAUUGAGUCAUUUUAUCACUCUUGCGUUUGUUCUAUUCAAUGAAUUUAUUCUUUUCAAAGUCAGAGACAUUUCCAUAUGACCAUGUUUUAAGCCAAAGUGCUUUAGGUUGCUUUAUUUGGUGCUUUCUAUUGAUGUUUUCAUGUAAACCACCUGUUGCCCAAGUUACACUGCUUAGUUUCACCGGGACAGUUCAGCUCCUGAUUCUAAACAAUGAACUCACAAUUCCAACAAUCCAGAUAUGGAUAAACUUUUGUAUCAUUUUUGAUGCAAAAAGCCUUUGGCUAAAAAAGGUGUUCUGAAAUUGUUUUGUUUUUGUUAGAAAAUCAUUUCAAAUCUUGCCAUGUUUAACGAAACAGCAAGUUUUUUUGGGGGGCAGUUAAGGAUACAUUAAAGACUGCUUUUAUAACGCCGCUUAUUUCAGACAGACAACAUUGCAACAGUUCUCUUGGCUAUGCAAUGUAACAGGUUUCCACUGACAUAUUAAAAGAUGUUAUAUUCAAUAUACAACUCCUUGAAAUUUAUAUAUUCAUAUAUCGUUGUUAUACGUAAUCUUAUUCAGAUAUCUUUGUUUAAAAACUGUUCUUGUUGUACAUUUUUGGUGAUAUUUAACUUAUUAAGGGUUUAAAUUUGUUUUUCAAUAUUUGAAUCUCAAUUGAGUGAUUUAAUGAAAUACAUUUACAUGUUAUUAAUGUGUUGAUUAAUGUUUGAAUGUAAAAUGUUGCCUACAUAAUAGACAAUGCCAAAGGAACUUUCACAAUAUCAAAGUGUGAAGUACUCUUUUUAUAUAAAAUUUGGCAAUUUAUUGGAAGUUAUUUGGUACUAUUAAGAUACCAGAAUGUUGAUGUGGUAUUAUAAGUUAUUGGGUUUGUAGGUAAUCCGAUAUGGGAUAUACGAGGAACAGGUUAUGGUCGGUUGGAAUCUAAAUAUGGUUUCAUACAUUCUGUUUAUCCCAUACUGGGUCACCUACUAACCCAGUAACUUCUAUAUCAUUUCGAAAACAUGUCAAUUCCAAUUUUAUCAUUGGAAUCGGAAAUGGAAGCCAUUUUGGUACAACACUAUAUUGUUUAGUGACCCAAUGAGGAAAAAUAUGGGGUCACCGCAUGACCAGUCCUGGACCAGUGGCGUUCUGUCAUUAAUGUUGGAGGCGUGACAUAUAUUUAUAUGGGAUAGAAACCAUAGGUUAGCACUUAAAUGCUUCUACCAAGUGGCGCUAAUUUGGAAUAUGAUUUUGACUCGUGGACAGAACAUACACUUUUUUGAUGGUGAACUACACCAAAAUUUUUACUCCAAAAAGAGUAUGUUGAUAGUCCUGUUAGUAUCGACAUGUUUUUGUGCUAGUCUUAUCGAGGCCACCUUAUCAACUCAUAUAUUGUAUGAUGACUUUCGAAAUAAUUUCUUGAGAAGUUGUAGUAUAUAUUUUGACUCCAGAACUGCAUUUUUCAGUUUAUUUGAAUUUGCAAGGUAUCUUUUUUAGUUUAGUUUUGACAGAAAUAUUAAAAGAUAUACUUAACCUUAAUAUAUUUUGUCAUUGGCGGGUUCAUAAGGCCUAUUUGUAGUUUGAUUAUUAACCAGGUGUUCUCAUUGUGAAACCUGGUUAUAAGAAUGAAGAAUGUCCUUGUUUGGGCUGGCAGUUGGGUGGGUGGGCCUAGUCAAAUUUGCCUAUGAAACUGAAUAACUUUAGGAUUGGUCGACAUAUUGUGACCAAACUUGGUACAUAGAAGAGUUUAUGGAAUCCUUUUAUGGGAUUGCAUUUGUGGCCCCUUCAUUGUUACUCAAAAUGGAUAACCGUUUGGUACUGAAUAACUUUACCAUAACUUAAGUUAGGGUUGACAUAUUGUUACCAAACUUGGUAUGAGGGAAGAGGUUAUGGAGGACUUCCAUUGGAAUGCAUUUUGCCCCAAGGGUAACAGUUGAAAUUGAAUCUCACAACAAAGGUUAAAGUCCUGUCAAUCAUUGAAAACCUGGUUUUGUCGCAUUGCGGCCUUUCUUGUUUAUAUUGCAUUUAUGCUCUAAUCUUUACAAUACAAUCUUAAUGUCUUUCAGUAUUUAUGGUAGUCAAUUUAUGUAUACCUAAUUCCAGUCUCAUCUUAGCCAAUAUGUGUAUUGUUUGGCGCAUUUUCAUUUAUUAUACCCACCUUUAAUGUCAUGCAUAUCGUAAACAAUUUAUUGUAUUGUAUACUCCCAUUUUUUUAUAUUCUGAGGUUGUUGCCCAUUUCUUUGUAAGAUGCAUCAUUUUACAUGUCAUUUUAUAGAGGGAAGUGUAUAUCACAUACAUGUUUUUGCAGUUUGCAGUGUUGGCAAUAUCUUGAGAAACCUUUAGCAAUAAAUUCAUGAGUCUUCAUCUACAGAGUGCAUGAACUGACAUCAAGGUUACUUAUAAGAUACAUUAAUGAAAUAACCACUUUCUGUAACGAAUGUAUCCAAGAGUGGACACCUUAUUGUAAUGCCAUGUUCAGUUCAGCUGUUUUCUUCAGAUCUGAUAGUUAAAGGAUUAAUCGUAUUAAUGCCCUCUGUAUACUUUAAACAAAGUUUGCCAUUCAAGUUUUUUAAGACUUCAGUUUAUUGCUUAAUUCAUACGGAUGUGGAUAGCGACAGUAUUCUGCCCCAAACCAGUCUGGGUAAGAAUAGUCAGAACAGCAGAGCAAGCCAAUAUUCAAACUGAAGUUAUUUACUAUUAAUUCAUAUUUUAGUUUCCAAUUUCAUUCUAAAAGCAAAGAUGGUGUAAUAGAAAUGAGAGAGCUCUCCAUCAUGUGUUAAUCAUCUGAUACUGCAUAAAGGCUAUUCCAUUUUAACAUACAACCAACCCCAACAAGGCAAAAUAUAUAGGAAAAUCCAUAGGGGGAGAUUACCAGUACUUUGCUUCAUUUAUGUUAAUCUUUUUUUUUUUUAAAUACUUUUCAUUAGUGGGUUGUAUGUAUAAAUAGAUAUGCCCCAAAUAAAUCAUACAUGUAUAAACUUGGCUUUACAGAAACCAAAAACAUAUAAAAUCUGUAAUAGUUUUGCAUGCUGCAUGUAUACAUGUAUAUUUGUGGAUAUACAUAUAUUUUCGAAGUUCCAUGACAUUUUCGAUUUAACAUAUAGUAUGUAAUAUUCAUAUUCAUGUACUUCCUGGUAUACUAAAUCAACAUGUAUAACGCAACACAGUGUAGUAAUUCAUAUUCUUUAUGUACUAUUUAUACAAUGAGUAAUAAUGAAAUGUGUAAUAAAAAAGGUAU